CCCCCCUCUGGACAGGACGCUGGUCUUUCAAUGACUGACUACAGGAGUCUGAUUCCUUCAGACGAGGAGCUAACGCUGACCGACGAUGCAGGGUCUAGCCAGAGCAGGGUCCGACCGAGACUCGCCCCGAGGCCUGUGCAGUCAGUGCUGUCGGAUGGGAUUUCUCUUUCUCAGUCUUCCCGGCGGUCCUCCAAGUACCACCGAAGUAUGAGUGGCAUUCCAAACCUUCAGGAGACCCUCAAAGAGAGACAGGCAAGAUUCAGAGAAGCAAGGGAAAGCCGGAAAAUGAGAAUCGAUCCCUCAUACAAAUACAUAUUUGAAAUUCUAGCAGAGAGGCUUGGGCUGGACAUGGUAACCGUGGAAGAACUAAUUUUGGAUUGUCCAUCGCUGGAUGCAUUCAGCCGCUUUUUUGAGAAAGGCGGAUGUAAGACACUGAAAUUUUUUUAUCAGGAAGGAGAGGUUCCAGGUCUUGAGUGUGGCCGAACGAUCACUGGCGUACCCAAAGGGGCAAAGAUGAUGAGAAUAUUUGUGGACAACGCAGCUCCAGACAAGCUGAAAGGACUGUGCGUGUUUUUUGUUCGCUGUCGCAAUGACGUUGCCCUCAACUCUAAGACCAUUUAUGAGGAUGUGCUAUUUACUGUCUUGGAUGCAUCAAAAGGACUUUUGCAAGGGAUCAGGAAUAUGCUGCAAUACAUAUUUCUACCGGCUAUUCUUGCAACGAACAACUGGGGCGCUUUAAACCAGUCCAAGCAGGGCGAAUCUGAGAGGCAUAUUUUCACAGAAACCAUCAAUAGAUAUCUUUCGUUUUUAGAUGGCGCUAGAAUAAGCAUCGAGGGCACGGUGAUGUUAAAGAAGGUAGACAAUAUCGACUUCUCCAAACUGCAUACCUUUGAAGAAGUCACAGCGGCAGCGAGCAACUCCGAGAUGGUGCAUCAGCUGGAGGAGGUGCUGAUGAUGUGGUACAAGCAGAUCGAGCAGGUCCUUAUUGAGAGUGAGCAGAUGAGAAAAGAAGCCGAUGAUUCAGGUCCACUCACUGAACUGGAGCACUGGAAACGUAUGUCAGCCAAGUUCAACUACAUCAUCGAGCAGAUUAAAGGGUCCAGCUGCAAGGCUGUCAUAAAUGUGCUAAAUGUUGCACACUCCAAGCUGUUAAAGAACUGGCGUGAUUUGGAUGCCAGAAUCACCGACACAGCAAAUGAAUCCAAAGAUAACGUGCGGUAUUUGUACACCCUGGAGAAAGUAUGCCAGCCCCUCUAUAACUACGACCUGGUGUCCAUGGCACAUGGAAUACAGAACUUGAUUAAUGCCAUCAGGAUGAUUCACAGCGUGUCGAGGUACUACAACACAUCAGAAAGGAUGACCUCUUUAUUCAUUAAGGUCACGAACCAGAUGGUGACAGCCUGCAAAGCGUAUAUCACUGAUGGAGGAGCAAACCAUGUGUGGGACCAGGAGACACCGGCCGUCCUCAAAAAGAUCCAGGACUGCAUCUUCCUCUUCAAGGAGUACCAGGCCUCCUUCCACAAGACAAGGAAGCAGAUUUUAGAGUCCUCAGGGGAGAAGUCCUUCGAGGUUUCAGAGAUGUAUAUAUUUGGGAAAUUUGAAGCCUUCUGUAAGAGACUGGAGAAGAUUACAGAAAUGAUAACCAUUGUGCAAACGUACUCAGCCCUGAACAACUCUACAAUCGAAGGAAUAGAUAUCAUGGCGAUAAAAUUCAAAAACAUCUAUCAAGGGAUUAAGAAAAACCAGUAUGACAUCCUGGAUCCACGAAGAACAGAAUUUGACACAGAUUUCUCGGAUUUUAUGUCAAAAAUCAAUACUUUAGAGAUACAGAUACAGGCGUUUAUGAACAGUACCUUCGGAAAGAUCUUGUCUUCCCAGCAGGCGCUGCAGCUGCUUCAGAGGUUUCAGAAGCUGAACAUUCCCUGCCUUCAACUGGAAAUCAAUCACACAAUUGAGCGGAUUCUUCAAUGUUAUGUGGCUGAACUUGAAGCUACCAAGAAGCUCUAUCAUUCUCAGAAAGAUGACCCCCCUCUCGCUCGCAACAUGCCCCCCAUAGCAGGAAAAAUUCUCUGGGUGAGGCAGCUCUACCGCCGGAUAAAUGAGCCCAUCAACUAUUUCUUUAAAAACUCAGAAAUCUUGUCAAGCGCUGAAGGCAAAGCUGUCAUCCGCCAGUAUAACAAGAUCUCGUACGUGCUGGUGGAAUUCGAGGUGGUCUACCACACAGCCUGGGUCAAAGAGAUUUCACAGCUGCAGUAUGCUUUGCAAGCCACGCUGUUUGUGCGGCAUCCGGAAACGGGGAAGUUGCUGGUUAAUUUUGACCCUAAAAUUUUGGAAGUUGUGCGGGAAACAAAGUGCAUGAUAAAGAUGAAGCUGGAUGUUCCAGAACAAGCGAAGAGGCUGCUGAAACUGGAAAGCAAGCUGAAAGCAGACAAACUGUAUCUGCAGGGCCUCCUGCAAUAUUACGACGAUUUAUGCCAGGAAGUGCCUUCUGUGUUUGUCAAUCUCAUGACCCCGAAAAUGAAAAAGGUGGAAUCUGUGCUGAGGCAAGGGCUCACCAUCCUAACGUGGUCCUCGUUGAUGCUGGAGAGCUUCUUCCAGGAGGUGGAGUCCGUCUUGGAUAUGUUCAACCAGCUUUUAAAGAAGGUCAAUGACCUGUGUGAGAUGCACAUUGACACGGUUCUGAAGGAGAUAGCCAAGACGCUGCUGAUCUCCCUGUCGGACAGUGGGGCUGCCAGAGUAGAAGACAUGCUGACCCUCAACGAGACGUAUACAAAAGAGUGGGCCGAAAUUCUAAACCACAAGAGCAGGCACGUGGAGGAAGCUGUGAAAGAGCUUAUAUCAAUAUUUGAGCAAAUCUACGAAGUUAAAUACACCGGGAAACAAGUUAAGCAUGUGCCAGAGCAAAGGAAGCAUGUUGUUUUUGGAAGUGAGACCGAAGAGGGCGACAGCCUUGACUAUGAGCCUGAGGCAAAGGAAGUUGACACCAAUGACAAAGAAGAUGAAUUUAAAAAGGAAUGUAAAGAGGUCUAUGCUUUCUUCUCUCAUCAAUUACUGGACAGUCUACAAAAAGCGACGCGCUUAUCUUUGGAUACAAUGAAACGGAGGAUAUUUGUUGGAAGCCACGGGCGGAAACGGUCAGAGGAUAUCAUUUCCUUUAUAAAAACCGAAGUGCAUCUUGCAAUUCCUAAUGUGGUGAUGGUUCCUAGCCUGGAUGACAUUCAGCAAGCCAUCAACCGCAUGAUCCAGUUUACCCUGGAGGUCAGCCGAGGAGUGGCACACUGGGGCCAGCAGCAGGUCAGACGAAUCAAGUCCACUCCCAAUACCACCUCUCGCACCGACCAAAACCACCCAAGCACAGGGAAAGGGCUGAAGAAGGAAGAGAUUUCAUUCGAAGAAACCAUCCCUGCUAGGAAACUGAAGAACUUUUACCCUGGGGUGGCAGAGCACAAAGACAUCUCCAAGCUGGUCCUUCUCCUGUCUUCCUCCGUGAAUUCUCUCCGGAAGGCGGCCAAUGAGGCCCUGCAGGACUUUCAGAAGUACAAGACACUGUGGACCGAGGACCGGGAUGUGAAAGUCAAGGAGUUUUUAGCCAACAACCCGUCCCUGACUGAAAUCAGAUCGGAAAUUCUCCACUACGCCACGUUCGAGCAGGAGAUUGACGAGCUGAAGCCCAUUAUCGUGGUGGGAGCCCUUGAGCUGCACACGGAGCCAAUGAAGUUAGCCUUGUCAAUCGAGGCCAAGGCCUGGAAGAUGCUGCUCUGUCGCUAUCUGAACGAAGAAUAUAAAAAGAAAAUGUCAGACAUGAUAACAUUUAUCAACGAGUACUUGAAAAAGUUGUCCAGGCCCAUCCGCGACUUGGACGAUGUCAGAUUCGCCAUGGAAGCUCUGUCUUGCAUUCGGGACAAUGAAAUUCAAAUGGACAUGACUUUGGGGCCCAUUGAAGAAGCCUAUGGCAUUUUAAACAGAUUUGAAGUUGAAGUCACCAAAGAAGAGUCCGAGGGCGUUGAUACCUUGAGAUACUCAUUCAACAAACUGCAGAGCAAAGCUGUUUCUGUGCAAGAUGAACUUGUUCAAGUGCAACCCAAGUUUAAAAGCAACCUGCUUGAGUCGGUGGAAGUUUUCCGUGAGGACGUUAACAACUUCACAGAAGCCUACGAGAUGGAAGGACCCAUGGUGCCAAAUAUUCCACCCCAAGAAGCUAGCAACAGGCUGCAGAUAUUCCAGGCCAAUUUUGAUGAUCUAUGGAGGAAAUUUGUUACAUACUCAUCUGGGGAACAACUUUUUGGAUUACCAGUGACUGACUAUGAGAUUUUGCAUAAAAUCAGGAAAGAACUGAACUUGCUUCAGAAGCUGUAUGGCCUGUACGACACUGUCAUGGGCAGCAUCAGUGGUUACUAUGAGAUACUUUGGGGAGAUGUAGAUAUUGAAAAAAUCAAUGCAGAGCUGCUGGAAUUCCAGAACAGAUGUCGGAAACUUCCCAAAGGACUGAAAGAUUGGCAGGCUUUUCUGGACCUCAAGAAAAGAAUCGACGACUUCAGUGAGUCGUGCCCUCUGCUGGAAAUGAUGACCAACAAAGCCAUGAAGCAGAGGCACUGGGACCGCAUCUCGGAGCUCACCGGCACCCCGUUCGACGUGGAAUCGGACUCGUUUUGUCUGAGGAAUAUCAUGGAAGCGCCGCUCCUUAAAAAUAAGGACGAUAUCGAGGAUAUCUGCAUCUCUGCCAUUAAGGAGAAGGAUAUUGAAGCCAAGCUGACGCAGGUGAUUGAGAACUGGACCAACCAAAACCUGAGUUUUGCUGCAUUUAAGGGGAAAGGUGAGCUCCUGCUCAAAGGGACCGAGUCUGGAGAAAUCAUCACUCUGAUGGAGGACAGCUUGAUGGUCUUAGGUUCCUUGCUGAGCAACAGAUAUAAUGCUCCAUUCAAAAAAAAUAUCCAGAAUUGGGUAUUUAAAUUGUCCACUUCCUCGGAUAUCAUAGAAGAGUGGCUGGUGGUCCAGAACCUGUGGGUCUAUCUGGAAGCCGUCUUUGUAGGUGGGGACAUUGCCAAACAGCUGCCUCAGGAAGCCAAACGUUUCCAGAAUAUUGACAAGUCGUGGGUCAAAAUAAUGCAGCGAGCUCACGAGAACCCCAACGUGAUCAGCUGCUGCGUCGGGGAUGAGACCAUGGGGCAACUUUUGCCCCACUUACACGAGCAGUUGGAGGUCUGUCAGAAGUCCCUCACCGGGUAUUUGGAGAAGAAGCGGUUGCUGUUUCCGAGAUUCUUCUUUGUCUCUGACCCAGUUCUGCUGGAAAUCCUCGGACAGGCCAGUGACUCCCACACCAUACAGCCACAUCUCCCUGCAGUGUCUGACAACAUAAACGAGGUGACAUUUCAUUCCAAAGACUACGAUCGAAUGAUGGCUGUUAUAUCAAGAGAAGGAGAAAAAAUUAUGUUGGAUACUUCAGUUAUGGCCAAAGGUCCCGUAGAGAUUUGGCUUCUGGACUUGUUAAAAGUCCAGAUGUCGUCAUUGCAUAAUAUAAUCCGGUCUGCCUUCUAUCAAAUCAGUGAUUCGGGAUUUCUCCUGCUACCUUUCCUCCACCACUUCCCAGCACAGGUUGGGCUUCUGGGCAUCCAGAUGCUGUGGACGCACGACUCAGAGGAGGCUUUAAACAACGCAAAGGAUGACAGGAAAAUUAUGCAAAUUACCAACCAGAAAUUUCUGGAUAUUCUGAAUACUCUCAUCAGUCAGACGACGCAUGACCUGAGCAAGUUUGACAGAGUGAAGUUUGAGACUUUGAUCACCAUCCACGUACACCAGAGAGACAUUUUUGAUGACUUGGUGAAAAUGCACAUCAAGUCAGUUACUGACUUUGAGUGGCUGAAACAGAGCAGAUUUUAUUUCAAGGAAGAUUUGGAUCAGACUGUGGUGUCCAUCACAGAUGUUGAUUUCAUUUACCAAAACGAAUUUCUCGGCUGCACGGAUCGCCUUGUGAUCACCCCGUUAACGGACAGGUGCUACAUCACGCUGGCUCAGGCGUUGGGAAUGAACAUGGGCGGGGCUCCAGCAGGACCCGCCGGGACGGGCAAAACGGAAACCACCAAAGACAUGGGCAGGUGUCUGGGGAAGUACGUGGUUGUGUUCAACUGCUCGGAUCAGAUGGAUUUCCGGGGCCUGGGAAGGAUUUUCAAAGGUCUCGCGCAGUCGGGUUCCUGGGGCUGUUUUGAUGAGUUUAACAGAAUCGAAUUGCCUGUUUUAUCUGUGGCGGCCCAACAAAUUUACAUAGUUUUGACAGCAAGGAAAGAGAGGAAAAAGCAGUUCAUUUUCUCCGAUGGCGAUUGUGUAGAUUUGAAUCCGGAAUUUGGGAUCUUCCUGACAAUGAAUCCUGGGUAUGCUGGGCGCCAGGAGCUGCCAGAAAACUUAAAAAUCCAGUUCAGAACGGUUGCAAUGAUGGUUCCCGACAGGCAGAUCAUUAUGCGAGUUAAACUUGCAAGCUGUGGUUUCCUCGAAAACGUUAUCUUGGCGCAGAAGUUUUACGUUCUCUAUAAACUCUGCGAAGAGCAACUUACUAAACAGGUCCACUAUGACUUUGGACUGAGAAAUAUCCUGUCUGUGCUGAGGACCCUUGGAUCUCAGAAAAGAGCCCGGCCAGAGGACAGUGAAUUAAGUACGGUCAUGCGAGGAUUAAGAGACAUGAACCUUUCCAAACUGGUGGAUGAAGACGAGCCCCUGUUCCUCAGCUUGAUCAACGACCUGUUUCCGGGGUUACAGCUGGACAGCAGCACUUACGUAGAACUGCAAGCUGCCGUGAGCAACCAGGUCAACCUAGAAGGUCUGAUUAACCACCCGCCCUGGAACCUCAAGUUAGUGCAGUUGUAUGAGACCUCGCUGGUACGGCACGGCCUGAUGACUCUGGGGCCCAGUGGUUCUGGGAAGACCACCGUCAUCACUAUUCUGAUGAAGUCAUUAACAGAGUGCGGGAGGCCCCACAGAGAGAUGCGGAUGAACCCAAAGGCGAUUACCGCACCCCAGAUGUUUGGCCGACUAGAUACAGCCACAAACGACUGGACAGAUGGAAUCUUCUCCACUCUGUGGAGGAAGACAUUAAAAGCUAAAAAGGGUGAAAACAUCUUCCUCAUUCUCGAUGGCCCCGUGGAUGCCAUUUGGAUUGAGAAUUUAAACUCGGUGUUGGAUGAUAACAAGACCCUCACCCUGGCUAACGGGGACCGCAUUCCCAUGGCCCCCAGCUGUAAGCUGCUGUUUGAGGUGCACAACAUUGAGAACGCCUCUCCUGCGACGGUGUCCAGGAUGGGCAUGGUGUACAUCAGCAGUUCGGCCCUCAGCUGGAGGCCUAUACUGCAGGCCUGGCUGAAGAAGCGCACCCAGCAGGAAGCCACUGUGUUCCUGGGUCUGUAUGAUAAGGCGUUUGAAGAUACGUACACAUUCAUGAAGCUGAACCUGACCCCCAAAAUGCAGCUCCUGGAGUGUAAUUACAUCGUGCAAUCUCUCACUCUUCUGGAAGGUUUAAUCCCCUCUAAAGAAGAAGGAGGCUUCUCAUCUGUGGAGCAUCUCCAUAAGCUCUUUGUGUUUGGCCUCAUGUGGAGUUUGGGAGCCCUUUUAGAACUGGAGAGCAGAGAAAAACUCGAGGUCUUUCUACGAGGUCACGGAAGCAAGUUAGACCUGCCAGAAAUACCCAAGGGCACCAAUCAGACCAUGUACGAGUUCUUCGUCACUGAUUAUGGUGAUUGGGAACACUGGAACAAGAGACUGCAGCCUUACUUCUACCCAACGGACAGCAUUCCAGAGUAUUCAUCCAUCUUGGUUCCCAACGUUGACAACAUCAGGACCAAUUUUUUGAUAGACACGAUUGCAAAACAGCAUAAAGCUGUUUUGCUCACGGGAGAGCAGGGGACCGCGAAAACUGUGAUGGUGAAGGCCUAUCUGAAGAAAUACGACCCCGAAGUACAGCUCUCCAAGAGUCUAAAUUUCUCCUCUGCCACAGAGCCGAUGAUGUUUCAGAGAACAAUAGAAAGCUACGUGGAUAAGAGGAUGGGAAGCACCUACGGGCCCCCAGGAGGGAGGAAGAUGACUGUGUUUAUUGAUGACAUUAAUAUGCCGGUGAUCAAUGAAUGGGGAGAUCAGAUAACGAACGAGAUCGUGCGGCAGAUGAUGGAGAUGGAGGGCAUGUACAGCCUGGACAAGCCUGGGGACUUCACCACCAUCGUCGACGUGCAGCUCAUAGCGGCCAUGAUCCAUCCCGGAGGGGGGCGGAAUGAUAUCCCGCAGCGCUUAAAAAGGCAGUUCACCGUGUUCAAUUGCACGCUGCCUUCAAACACGUCUAUAGACAAGAUUUUUGGAGUUAUUGGCUGUGGAUAUUUUGAUCCGUGUAGAAAGUUCAAGCCUGAAAUAUGUGAGAUGAUUGGGAACCUCGUCUCAGUGGGCCGAGUGCUGUGGCAGUGGACCAAGGUGAAGAUGCUGCCAACGCCCUCGAAAUUUCACUACAUCUUCAACCUUCGCGAUCUUUCCAGAAUUUGGCAAGGGAUGCUAACCAUAAAAGCCGAGGAGUGUGGCUCAGUCCCCAUCCUCAUGUCCCUCUUCAAGCAUGAGUGUAACAGAGUGAUCGCAGACAGGUUUAUAACCCCUGAAGACGAACAGUGGUUCAAUACGCAGCUCAUUCGGGCCGUCGAAGAGAACAUCAGCUCUGAUGUUGCGUCAACUAUUCUCCCCGAGCCGUACUUUGUGGACUUCCUCCGUGACAUGCCCGAACCCACGGGCGACGAACCUGAAGACACCAUGUUUGAAGUGCCCAAAAUCUACGAACUGGUGCCAACUUUCGAAUUUCUGUGUGAAAAACUCCAGUCUUACCAGAGGCAGUUCAACGAGAUCAUCAGAGGCACAUCUCUUGACCUGGUGUUUUUUAAAGAUGCAAUGACUCACCUAAUUAAGAUCUCUCGAAUAAUCCGAACUUCCUGUGGGAAUGCAUUGCUGGUGGGUGUCGGUGGCUCAGGAAAGCAGAGCCUUUCGAGAUUGGCGUCUUUUAUUGCUGGAUAUCAAAUAUUUCAGAUAACAUUAACCAGGUCUUACAAUGUGAGCAAUCUAAUAGAGGACUUGAAGAACUUGUACAAAGUUGCCGGGGCCGAAGGCAAAGGCAUCACCUUCAUCUUCACGGACAAUGAGAUAAAAGAUGAGGCGUUCCUGGAAUACCUCAAUAACUUGCUGUCGUCGGGGGAGAUCUCCAAUUUGUUUGCCCGAGACGAGAUGGAUGAAAUCACCCAAGGCCUGGUCUCGGUGAUGAAGAGGGAGCUGCCGCGCCACCCUCCCACCUUUGACAACCUGUAUGAAUACUUCAUCACCAGAUCCAGGAAGAAUUUGCAUGUUGUUCUCUGCUUUUCCCCGGUUGGCGAGAAGUUCCGGGCCCGGUCCCUCAAGUUCCCCGGCUUGAUCUCGGGCUGCACCAUGGACUGGUUCAGCCGCUGGCCCAAGGAGGCCCUGAUUGCCGUAGCCUCCUACUUCCUUGCCGACUAUAACAUUGUCUGCUCCAGUGAGACCAAGAGGCAGGUUGUCGAAACCAUGGGACUCUUCCACGACAUGGUUUCCGAGAGCUGCGAGAAUUACUUCCAAAGAUACCGCCGAAGAGCCCAUGUGACUCCCAAAUCAUACCUCUCAUUUAUAAAUGGUUAUAAAAACAUCUAUACGGAGAAGGUGAAGUACAUCAAUGAACAAGCAGAGCGGAUGAAUAUCGGUCUCGACAAGCUGAUGGAGGCAAGCGAAUCUGUUGCCAAACUCUCACAGGAUCUUGCCGUGAAGGAGAAGGAACUGGCCGUGGCGUCCGUGAAAGCAGAUGAAGUGCUGGCGGAAGUCACGGUGAGUGCCCAGGCUUCAGCCAAAGUGAAAAAUGAAGUCCAGGAGGUAAAAGACAAAGCCCAGAAGAUCGUGGAUGAAAUCGACAGUGAGAAGGUGAAAGCGGAGAGCAAACUGGAGGCGGCCAAACCUGCCCUGGAAGAAGCAGAGGCUGCCCUGAAUACCAUCAAGCCAAACGACAUUGCCACGGUCAGGAAGCUGGCCAAACCGCCUCAUCUGAUUAUGAGGAUCAUGGACUGUGUGCUGCUGCUGUUCCAGAAGAAGAUCGACCCCGUUACUAUGGACCCGGAGAAGCCUUGCUGCAAGCCCUCAUGGGGAGAGUCUUUAAAGCUGAUGAGCGCGACAGGAUUCCUGUGGAGCCUGCAGCAGUUCCCCAAGGACACCAUCAACGAAGAGACAGUUGAGCUGCUGCAGCCCUAUUUUAACAUGGAUGAUUACACGUUUGAAAGUGCCAAAAAAGUCUGUGGGAAUGUGGCCGGCUUGCUGUCCUGGACACUUGCUAUGGCAAUAUUUUAUGGCAUCAACAGGGAGGUGUUGCCUCUGAAGGUGAAUUUCCCUCUUCCCGUGCAGGAUCUGCUCAACGAUGCGGACAUGUGUAGGAAGAAGAUGCAGGCGGCCUCCACGCUCAUCGAUGGGCUGAGUGGAGAAAAAGUCCGGUGGACCCAGCAAAGCAAAGAGUUCAGAGCACAGAUUAAUAGACUCGUAGGUGAUGUUCUGCUGUGCACGGGCUUCCUCUCCUACCUCGGCCCUUUCAACCAGAUAUUCAGGAACUAUUUGCUUAAAGACCAGUGGGAGUUAGAGUUGAAAGCGCGGAAGAUCCCUUUCACGGAAAACCUGAAUCUCAUCGCCAUGUUGGUGGACCCUCCAACUAUUGGCGAGUGGGGCCUGCAGGGAUUACCUGGCGAUGACUUGUCGAUUCAGAAUGGCAUCAUCGUGACAAAGGCCACCAGAUACCCCCUCCUCAUCGAUCCCCAGACCCAGGGGAAGACGUGGAUUAAAUCGAAGGAAAAAGAAAACGACUUGCAGGUGACGUCUCUGAACCAUAAAUAUUUCCGCACACACUUGGAGGACAGCCUCUCCUUGGGUCGCCCCCUUCUCAUUGAGGACAUUCGAGAGGAGUUGGAUCCCGCUCUGGAUAAUGUACUCGAAAAGAACUUCAUUAAAUCGGGCACCGCUUUCAAGGUGAAAGUCGGUGACAAGGAAUGCGACAUCAUGGAUACAUUUAAACUUUACAUCACCACAAAGUUGCCGAACCCUGCCUUUACCCCUGAGAUCAACGCCAAGACGUCGGUCAUCGACUUCACUGUUACCAUGAAGGGACUGGAGAACCAGUUACUCAGGAGGGUCAUUCUGACAGAGAAACAGGAGCUGGAGUCGGAGAGGGUGAAGCUUCUGGAGGACGUGACCGUCAACAGGCGGAGGAUGAAGGAGCUGGAGGACAACCUGCUGGGCAAGCUGAGCGCCACCAAAGGUUCCUUGGUGGACGACGAGUCUCUCAUUGGUGUCCUGCGCAUCACCAAGCAGACGGCAGCAGAAGUAAGCGAAAAACUCCACGUGGCCGCCGAAACGGAGAUCAAGAUCAACACAGCUCAGGAGGAGUUCCGGCCUGCGGCCACCCGGGGCAGCAUCCUUUAUUUCCUCAUCACAGAGAUGAGCAUGGUCAACAUCAUGUACCAGACCUCACUGGCUCAGUUCCUCAAGUUGUUCGACCAGUCCAUGGCCAGAUCUGAAAAGUCUCCACUACCUCAAAAAAGAAUUACAAAUAUCAUCGAGUACCUGACAUAUGAGGUUUUUACCUACUCUGUGAGAGGCCUGUACGAGAACCACAAAUUCCUCUUUGUGCUACUCAUGACCUUAAAGAUUGAUCUUCAGAGAGGGACGGUCAAGCACAAAGAGUUCCAGGCUCUGAUUAAAGGUGGAGCAGCUCUGGACCUGAAGGCGUGUCCCCCCAAACCCUUUCGCUGGAUCCUGGACAUGACAUGGCUGAACCUCGUGGAGCUCAGUAAGCUCCCCCAGUUUGCAGAAAUUAUGAACCAGAUAUCUCGGAAUGAGAAGGGGUGGAAAAACUGGUUCGAUAAAGACGCCCCGGAGGAGGAGAUCAUCCCUGAUGGAUAUAAUGAUUCCCUGGAUACCUGCCGCAAGCUUCUGCUCAUCAGAUCUUGGUGCCCAGACCGCACCGUUUUUCAAGCAAGAAAAUACAUCGCGGACUCUCUGGAGGAGAAGUACACUGAGCCAGUUAUCCUAAAUCUGGAGAAGACGUGGGAAGAAAGCGACACACAUACGCCUCUGAUCUGUUUCCUGUCCAUGGGCUCUGACCCCACCAUCCAGAUUGAUGCCCUGGCCAAAAAACUGAAGCUGGAAUGUAGAACUAUCUCAAUGGGACAAGGACAAGAAGUGCAUGCCCGAAAACUGAUUCAGAUGUCCAUGCAACAGGGUGGCUGGGUGUUACUGCAAAACUGUCACCUCGGUCUAGAAUUCAUGGAUGAGUUACUAGAGACGAUGUUGACCACGGAAACCAUGGAGGACUCUUUCCGAGUAUGGAUAACCACAGAGCCCCACGACCGAUUCCCAAUUACAUUACUCCAGACUUCUCUCAAGUUCACCAACGAACCACCCCAAGGUGUGCGGGCAGGCCUGAAAAGGACAUUCGCCGGAAUCAACCAAGACCUCCUGGACAUCAGCAACUUACCCAUGUGGAAGCCCAUGCUCUACACAGUGGCCUUUCUGCACUCCACUGUGCAGGAGCGGCGAAAAUUUGGUCCCUUGGGAUGGAAUAUUCCCUAUGAAUUCAAUUCUGCUGACUUCUCGGCCAGUGUUCAGUUCAUUCAGAACCACCUCGAUGAGUGUGAUAUUAAAAAGGGGGUAUCGUGGAGUACAGUCCGGUACAUGAUUGGAGAAGUACAGUAUGGAGGCAGAGUGACGGACGACUUUGACAAACGACUACUUAACUGCUUUGCCAGAGUCUGGUUCAGUGAGAAGAUGUUUGAGCCCUCAUUCUGUUUUUACACCGGAUAUAAAAUCCCCGUGUGCAAAACCUUGGACCAAUAUUUUGAGUACAUUCAGUCUCUGCCAUCUCUAGAUAACCCAGAAGUCUUUGGGCUCCACCCUAAUGCUGACAUCACGUAUCAGAGUAACACAGCCUCUGCCGUCCUGGAAACCAUCACCAACAUUCAACCCAAGGAGAGCGGUGGCGGCGUGGGCGAGACGCGUGAGGCCAUUGUCUACAGGCUGUCAGAGGACAUGCUGAGCAAGCUGCCGCCUGACUAUGUGCCUCAUGAGGUGAAAGCUCGUUUGAUAAAGAUGGGACACCUUAAUUCAAUGAACAUAUUUCUUAGACAAGAGAUUGACAGAAUGCAGAAAGUCAUCUCGAUCCUCCGGAGUAGCCUGAGUGAUCUGAAGCUGGCGAUUGAAGGGACGAUCAUCAUGAGUGAGAACUUGAGAGACGCCCUGGACAACAUGUAUGAUGCUCGCAUUCCUCAGCUCUGGAAGAGAGUGUCCUGGGAUUCCUCCACCCUAGGCUUCUGGUUUACUGAGCUUCUGGAGAGGAACGCACAGUUUUCAACGUGGAUAUUUGAAGGCAGGCCUAACGUGUUCUGGAUGACUGGUUUCUUUAACCCCCAAGGCUUCCUCACAGCAAUGAGGCAAGAAGUGACCCGAGCUCACAAAGGCUGGGCGCUGGACACCGUGACCAUCCACAACGAAGUCCUGCGGCAGACCAAAGAGGAGAUCGCCGCACCCCCUGUGGAAGGUGUGUAUAUUUAUGGGCUGUAUAUGGACGGAGCAUCCUGGGACAGGCGGAACGGGAAGCUCACAGAAUCCACCCCGAAGGUUCUGUUCAUGCAACUUCCCGUCCUGCACAUCUUUGCCAUUAACUCCACGGCCCCCAAGGACCCGAAACUGUACGUGUGUCCGAUCUACAAGAAACCCAGAAGAACUGAUCUCACCUUCAUCACCGUGGUGUACCUGCGCACAGUGCUGUCCCCAGAUCACUGGAUCCUGAGGGGAGUGGCCCUCCUGUGUGACAUCAAGUAAGUUCAUUUCUUCCUGCCGUGGGCAGCAGAAGAACCACAUAGAAGCCCAGCCGUUGAGAGACUCAGACAGUGUCUUUCCUUCCUGGUAGGCCCUUCAUUACUCUCCCUCAAUUAAACAGUUGACACCUC